AAAUAAGAAGAAUUUGUCAAUGUCAACUCCAAUGGCAGUAUAAGUACGAUGAAUUUUUCUGAUGACUCUAUAAUCAUUUGAUCUUGGCAAGAUCUCGAGAGCAUUUAUAAAGAAAUUAAAGCAACACAUACACACAUCAAUUUCGUAAUCGUUGCAGAGUAAGACCGAUCAUCGAUGGCUGAUGUAAUGGAACAGAAUCUUCUUCAAACCGCUGUGCUUAACCGGACGUCCUUCCAUUUCCAACCUCAGAGAAAUUGGCUCAACGGUUCUAUUUCUUUCUUUUUCCUCCUAUUUAUAUUCAUAUAUAUAUAUAUAUAUAUCAUGUUGGUUGUGAACAAAAAAGAAAAGAUCAUGUUGGCAAAGAUCUCUUAUAUUAUUAGUUCAUAAAACCAAAACAAAAAAAUGGUUAAUUUCUGUUUAUUGCAAUUUAUCUAUUGAAUCAGGUUAUUAAUUUCUACUAUAUGAUACUGAAAACUAACGAUUGUCUUAAUUUUAUGUCACUUCUGGUCCUCUGAUGCAUUUUGGAAAUCUCAAGAUCCAAACGCGCCAAUGUAUUACAAAGGAUUCUACCAUUUGUUCUACCAGAAUAACCCUUUGGCUCCCGAAUUCAGUAGGACAAGAAUCAUAUGGGGACACUCUGUUUCACAAGACAUGGUCAAUUGGAUCCAGCUCGAACCAGCCCUUGUCCCUUCUGAGUCCUUUGACAUCAACAGCUGCUGGUCAGGAUCCGCCACGAUCCUCCCUGAUGGCAGACCUGUAAUUUUGUACACUGGACUCGACGUCAACAACAAACAGCAAGUCACAGUUGUUGCCGAACCAAAGGACGUUUCUGACCCUUUGCUUCGUGAGUGGGUUAAGCCAAAGUACAAUCCUGUGAUGGUUCCGCCAAGUAAUGUCCCUUUUAAUUGUUUCCGUGAUCCCACGGAGGCGUGGAAAGGGCAAGAUGGGAAAUGGAGAGUGCUCAUAGGAGCUAAGGAGAAAGAUACUGAGAAAGGAAUGGCGAUUUUGUACCGAAGCGAUGAUUUUGUCCAGUGGACAAAGUAUCCGGUGCCUUUACUUGAGUCAGAAGGAACCGGAAUGUGGGAAUGCCCUGAUUUUUUCCCGGUUUCUAUCACUGGUAAAGAAGGUGUUGACACUUCGGUAAACAAUGCUAGUGUGAGGCAUGUCUUGAAGGCGAGUUUUGGAGGCAAUGAUUGCUAUGUCAUUGGUAAAUACUCUUCUGAGACUGAAGACUUUUCAGCGGAUUAUGAGUUCACUAACACUAGUGCAGAUUUGAGAUAUGAUCAUGGAACGUUUUAUGCCUCAAAGGCGUUCUUCGAUAGUGUUAAAAAUAGGAGGAUCAACUGGGGAUGGGUCAUAGAGACUGAUAGCAAAGAAGAUGAUUUUAAGAAAGGAUGGGCUGGCCUUAUGACUCUUCCCAGGGAAAUUUGGAUGGACACAAGUGGAAAGAAGCUGAUGCAAUGGCCAAUUGAAGAAAUCAACAAUCUCCGGACCAAAAGUGUUAGCCUUGAUGAUUGCUAUGAAUUCAAAACCGGCUCUACCUUUGAAAUCUCAGGCAUCACUGCUGCCCAAGCAGAUGUAGAAGUGACUUUUAAUCUGCCUUUCCUGGAAAAUAAUCCCGAGAUACUUGAUGCUGACCAAGUUGAUGAUGCGACUCUGUUUGAUCGUGAUAGCUCGGUUGGAUGUGUUUACGGGCCUUUUGGAUUGCUAGCAUUGGCUUCCAGUGAUUUAUCAGAACAAACCGCAAUCUUCUUUAAAGUUAUUCGUCGCGGUAACGGAUAUGCAGUUGUAAUGUGCAGCAGCGAGAAGAGGUCUUCGUUGAGAGACAACAUAAAAAAAUCUUCGCAUGGAGCAUUCCUAGAUAUUGAUCCAAGGCAUGAGAAGAUCUCAUUAAGAUGUUUGAUCGAUCACUCGAUUAUAGAGAGCUACGGAGUAGGAGGAAAAACUGUGAUAACAUCUAGAGUUUAUCCAAAAUUGGCAAUUGGUGAAGCCGCUAAGCUUUAUGUCUUCAAUGAUGGAGAAAAUGGUGUGAUCAUGACGUCCCUGGAAGCUUGGAGCAUGAGAAAUGCCCAAAUCAAUUCAAACCCAACUUAUUAGUUAAUCAUAUAAUAUGAUAAUCUUUGGACUGCCCUAAAACAAAUUCUUAUCUUGUCAUGUAUUGUGGAAUGUUUAAGAUUUAUGCGUCGUUUGUAUUCAAGUUAUUGGUGUGGUUUAUGCUGUCGUUCCUUGGGUGAAAUAAUGUAAGUCUUCUCAUGUUUCUUAUUGAAUUUGCACAAAUAAUAAUUAGCCUUCUCAUGUUC